AUGCCUUUUAAAGAGGAAUUUUCAAGCCUAAAUGAAGAGGAUCUUGAAAUUGGUAGUUCCCAGAUAAAUAUUGUAGAUUCUGAUGGAAAUACAAUUUCUGUUGCUCAUUCAAUUAAUUCCCCUUUCGGUUCUUUACGUCGAUCACCAAUUUUGGGCAUUUUAUGGAACAAUAAUUUAUUUAAUUUAAACAAUUCUUCAAUAAACAAUAGACAAAUUUCACCGACAAGUCCAAUAAUUGUAUAUGACAGGGAAAGUAGAAAGAUAAAACUUGCAAUAGGCGCAAGUGGAGAAACAUCCCUUCAAAAAUCUUCCACUUUAGCUCACGUCUUAUUUCAAGUUCUUAGCUUUAACAAAACUUUGAGAGAAGCGGUUGAUAUGCCUAGAUUAUAUAAAAAUCACCAUGGUAUCAGUUAUGAGUCAGGGUUUCCAAAGAUACUUGUUGAAAAUCUAAACAAAAAAGGCUUUAAAUUAAACAAAAUACAUUAUUCUUCAAGUUUAUCAUUAAAUGGAAUUUUACGAGAAGGUGAUGGCACUUUGUCGGCUGUCAAUGAUUAUAGAGUUGAAGCUAAUAAUUAUCCCUCCGGAUAUUAA